AAAUAGUCAAAUACACCCAAAAAAAAUAAAAAAUGGAAAAAAUCUGUGCAAAAUUGGAAGCAGUAGCCAGAAGAGAACCAAAUUCCCAAGAAGAAGCGCUAUAAAAUAGAGCCAAGGAUUCGGUUCUCGACACCAACACAACGGAGAAAACCGAAAAUGGCGAACGCCGUAGAGAAGAUGACGAACAAAACGUAAUUCAAUUCAAAUUUCGAACCAGCGGGAGCAGAGACACACACACAGAGAUUUCUUUCUCUCGUUUUCGUUUUCUUUGUGUGAACAAUGGACGGCGUGAGAAGCUCCGGUGGUUUCAUGGUUCCUUCUGUGUGUGGUCAGCAAGAGCUGGAGCAGCUGUCCAGAGAUGGCAGUCAGUACAGCCUCACCACUGGAAUAUUGCCCUCCCUCGGCGCUAGGAGUAAUCGGAGAGUCAAACUCCGCCGCUUCAUCGUUUCGCCCUACGACCGCCGAUACAGGGUUUGGGAGACUUUUCUGGUUGUUUUGGUGGUAUAUACUGCCUGGGUCUCGCCGUUCGAAUUUGGAUUCCUCAAGAAACCCGAAUCGCCACUCUCUGUUACAGACAAUGUGGUUAAUGGAUUUUUUGCUGUGGAUAUUGUUCUCACAUUCUUUGUAGCUUACCUUGACAAAACCUCCUAUUUACUUGUUGAUGAGCCAAAGAAGAUUGCUAUAAAGUAUGCACGUUCGUGGCUAAUCUUAGAUGUCAUCUCCACAAUUCCUUCUGAACUUGCACAUAAGAUUUCCCCUCCUCCUCUCCGUUCCUAUGGAUUAUUCAACAUGCUUCGUCUAUGGCGUCUCAGAAGAGUCAGUGCUCUUUUUUCCAGACUUGAAAAGGACAAGAACUAUAACUACUUCUGGGUUCGAUGUGCAAAACUCGUUUGUGUUACUCUAUUUGCUGUUCACUGUGCCGCAUGCUUCUAUUAUCUCCUUGCUGCUCGUUAUCGUGAUCCAAAAAGGACGUGGAUUGGAGCAUCCAUGGGGAACUUUCUUGAGCAAAGUCUGUGGAUUAGAUAUGUCACCUCCAUUUAUUGGUCAAUCACUACCCUAACCACUGUCGGCUAUGGUGACCUGCAUCCUGUGAAUACGAGGGAAAUGAUUUUUGACAUCUUCUACAUGCUUUUCAAUCUUGGUUUGACAGCAUACUUGAUUGGAAAUAUGACCAACUUAGUUGUCCAUGGGACCAGUAGAACUAGAAAAUUUAGAGAUACCAUACAAGCGGCCUCUAGUUUCGCCAAUAGGAAUCAACUUCCUCUUCGUUUGCAAGACCAAAUGCUGGCACAUUUGUGUCUAAAGUUCAGAACAGAUUCUGAGGGAUUGCAGCAGCAAGAAACUCUUGAUUCCUUGCCUAAAGCCAUCCGAUCAAGCAUUUCACAUUAUCUUUUCUACUCUCUAGUAGACAAGGUCUAUUUGUUUCGUGGUGUUUCAAAUGACCUACUUUUUCAACUGGUUUCAGAAAUGAAGGCCGAGUAUUUUCCUCCAAAAGAAGAUGUGAUUUUACAAAAUGAAGCCCCAACAGACUUCUACAUUCUUGUCACGGGUGCUGUGGAUUUGCUGGUUCUGAAAAAUGGAGUUGAACAGCAUGUAGGAGAGGCUAAAACUGGCGAUCUUUGUGGUGAGAUUGGGGUAUUAUGUUACAGACCACAACUAUUUACUGUGCGUACUAAGCGAUUGAGUCAGUUGCUGCGUCUGAAUCGUACUGCAUUCCUUAGUCUCGUUCAAUCUAAUGUUGGCGAUGGGACUAUUAUCAUGAACAACCUUCUUCAGCAUUUGAAAGACCUCAAAGACAAAGACCCCAUCAUGGAAGGAGUUUUGUUGGAGACAGAGAACAUGCUAGCUAGAGGCAGAAUGGACCUACCACUCAGUCUUUGUUUUGCAGCACUUAGAGGAGAUGACUUGCUUUUACACCAGCUCUUGAAACGAGGUCUUGAUCCAAAUGAAUCCGACAACAAUGGGAGGACUUCACUUCAUAUAGCAGCCUCAAAAGGAAACGAGAACUGUGUGCUUCUACUACUCGAUUACGGAGCAGAUCCCAAUAGUAGAGAUUCGGACGGGAAUGUGCCAUUAUGGGAGGCGAUACUAGGUGGCCAUGAGCCGGUGGCUCAGCUACUUAUAGACAAUGGCGCUAAUCUGCGGUCGGGUGAGGUGGGUCAAUUUGCGUGUACUGCUGCAGAGCAAAACAACCUCCAGUUGCUCAAAGAUAUUCUCCGAUACGGAGGCGACAUUACAAGUGCCAAGAACAAUGGAACGACAGCUUUACACGUUUCAGUUUGUGAAGACAACGUUGAGAUUGCCAAGUUCCUCCUUGAACAAGGAGCUGAUAUUGACAAACCAGACGUCCAUGGAUGGACUCCAAGAGAUCUAGCAGACCAACAGGGACAUGAAGAAAUCAAAAACCUGUUCCAGACAACAAAAGAGUCAAGAACUCAUUUAGUGGUCGCCAUUCCCGAGAAGCAGGGUGGGAGUCGCUUCCUCGGAAGGUUUAAAAGCGAGCCCAUGAUCCGCCCUGUACCCCAGGAAGGCAACGAUGGUGCAUGGCCCGGUCAAUCUCGUCCACGGCGUAGGACUAACAACUUCAAUAACUCAUUGUUUGGUAUCAUGUCAGCAGCACACUCAGGCGAGAGAGACAUCCUUUUCUCUGAUAACCAAACCAGAGGAGAAAUGUCUGGAACCAAUCCUGCUAGGGUUAUAAUCAGCUGUCCAGAGAUCGGUGAAGUCGCUGGGAAGUUGGUGCGUCUUCCAGGAAGCUACGACGAGCUUCUUGAGAUGGGUGCCAAGAAAUAUGGGAUUAUGGUUUCAAAGGUUUUGAACAAAGAUGGAGCUGCAAUUGAAGAUAUAGAGGUCAUUAGGGAUGGUGAUCAUAUUGUUUUUGUCAGCGAUGAAAGAACCACACAGCCAUAAAAUGCCUCCAAAAUGGAGGUUUAAGGCAGCACACAUUUCUUCGUUUUUGUUUCCUUUUGUGUUCUUGCAUGUUUUCUGUUUCGUUUCGAAUCAGUAGAAGUAGAACCAAUUGUAAACGAAAGAGAAGCAUUACCAGAUACAUAAAGGAGAUUUGUGAAGUGCAAAUCAUGUAUAUAAAAUGCAGCAAUUUUUUUGCAAUUUGGAAA